AUGCUCUGCGCACCUCUCUUCUCUUCUUACACUCCUUGCCCCUCCGCAUUCAUCCUUUCCCAGGCCUACUGUCACUCGUGGAGGCUGAGGUGCUGCAAGAGCACGAGCACGAGCAGUCGCCCACCCAGGAGGCAUGCACGCGCCUCUUCCCCGUUCCACCCUUCUCACCUCUCCCUCCUGCGCCAUCCUUUCCCAGGCCUACUGUCACUCGUGGAGGCUGAGGCCUACUGUCACUCGUGGAGGCUGAGGUGCUGCAAGAGCACGAGCACGAGCAGUCGGCCACCCAGGAGGCAUGCACGCGCCUCUUCCCCGUACCACCCUUCUCACCUCUCCCUCCUGCGCCAUCCUUUCCCAGGCCUACUGUCACUCGUGGAGGCUGAGGCCUACUGUCACUCGUGGAGGCUGAGGUGCUGCAAGCGCACGAGCGCGAGCAGUCGCCCACCCAGGAGGCAUGCACGCGCCUCUUCCCCGUACCACCCUUCUCACCUCUCCCUCCUGCGCCAUCCUUUCCCAGGCCUACUGUCACUCGUGGAGGCUGAGGCCUAUUGUCACUCGUGGAGGCUGAGGUGCUGCAAGCGCACGAGCGCGAGCAGUCGCCCACCCAGGAGGCAUGCACGCGCCUCUUCCCCGUUCCACCCUUCUCACCUCUCCCUCCUGCGCCAUCCUUUCCCAGGCCUACUGUCACUCGUGGAGGCUGAGGUGCUGCAAGAGCACGAGCAGUCGCCUAGCCGGCCUCUCUUUCUCGUGGGGGAGUCGUUUGGUGCUCUUCUGGCUGCAGCAGUGGCGGCACGAAACCCCUCCUUGCCCAUCACCCUCGUCCUCAUCAACUCUGCCACCAGCUUCCCCCGCUCCUCCCUCCAGCCUCUCAUUCCUCUGCUCAAGAGCGUCCCGUCAGAGGCCUACUCUGCUCUCCCCUUCCUCUUCAGCCUCGCCAUAGUGAACCCAAUCCGCAUAGCAUCUGGCGGUCUACCUCUUGAUGCCUCUCUCUUGGAUCGCGUGGAGAAGCUAAGAGACAAUCUGCUCGGCCUUAUUCCGUCCCUGCCUCUCCUCACAGAAUUGCUCCCACAAGCCACGCUGGAGUGGAAGCUGCACCUGCUGGAGACAGGUUCUGCUUUCACAGAGCCUCUGCUCUCGUCCAUUCGCGCACCGACACUCAUUAUUGCCGGGAGUGAUGACCAACUUCUUCCCAGCAAGGAGGAAGCUGCUCGCUUGCAGGAGAUUCUGACCACAGCCAAAGCCCGGACGGUGGUGCGGGUGUUUGAGGGCUCAGGGCAUGCGCUGCUGCUGGAGUCCGGUUUAGACCUCGCGUCAACCAUCAAGGGGGCCCACAUGUACAUUCAGAGGCGAGGGGACGACCCUGUGGUGUCAGGUUUCCAGCCUCCCACUGUCCAAGAGCUAGCUCGGGCCAAAUCAGGGCUGGACGGGUUUCUUCGCCGCUUCUGCAGCCCCGUUUUUCUCUCAACAGUUCUUGAGGAAUCUCCUAGCAAUGCGAUUGCUGCUAGCGAAUCUUCCAGUAAUGGAGGUCGUCAUAAUGGGGCUGCUAAUAAAGAGGCUAGUAACGGGGCUGCUAGUAACGGGGCUGCUAAUAACGGGGCUGUUAGUAAUGGGGCUGCUAUUAACAGGGCUUCUGGUAAUGGAGCCGCUGUUUCGGACUCGCAAAAUGGAAAUGCAAGCAGUAGAAGUAGCAGCAGCAGCAGCAGUAUAUCAACAGAGCAGCACCAAAAGCAGCAGAAGCAGCAGCAAGAGCAGCGGCAGCGGCAGCGGGUGGUGGUGGGCUUAGAGGGAGCUUUUGAGACGUCUCAAAAGCAACCUCGCUUCAAGAAGCAGCAGCAGAAGCAGCAGCAAGAGCAGCGGCAGCGGCAGCGGGUGGUGGUGGGCUUAGAGGGAUUGCCAGCCUGCGAGCGGCCGCUGCUGUUUGUGGGCAACCACCAGACUCUGGCGCCGGAGAUGAGCGUUUUGGUAUCAGAGCUCAUGGCGCACGGCGUGGUGGUUAGAGGCCUCGCGCACCCCCUUGCCAUCGAAAUGUUCCACGAUAUCAACCUGCUGGUGGAGCAGGGCGAGCAGUACAAGGUGUUCGGAGCCGUCCCUGUGACCCCCGCCAACACCUACAAAGUUCUCGCCAACAAGGAAGCUGCGCUGCUGUUUCCUGGAGGCGUUCGGGAGGCUCUGAAGAAGAGGGGAGAGGACUAUCAACUGUUUUGGCCUGAGCGAGCAGAGUUUGUUCGCAUGGCGGCAAAGCACGAAGCAACAAUCAUCCCCUUCGCAUGCAUUGGUGUGGACGAUGGGUUCGAUAUUCUAGUAGAUGCGGACGAAAUGCCCAGUGUGCCCGUCAUUGGUCCCAUGGCAGUGGAGGGCGUGCAGGCAUGGCCCAGAGUCAGGGAUGCAGCAGCAGCAGGGGCAGCAGCAGAGCAGUUCAUCCCACCAGUCGUGGUCCCCAAAGGCCUCAACCGCCUCUACUUCCUCUUCGGGGCACCCAUCAGAACAAAGG